GUUUUAGGUGGGUGUGCUGCAAUGACUCAGAGUCUGAACAGGAAGUGUUUCAGUGCUUAGAGGCUGCUCCCCCUCUGCCAAAUCUCUUCCUUUGUUUUUCUUCAGAUUGAGAAAAAGUCCUCAGUUCUACUACUGCAAGAAUGUUCCCCUUCCAGGCUGCUCCAGAUCAGUUCGGGCCCGAGGUGAGGCAGGUGGGUCUGCACUGCUGGAGAGUGGAGAAGCUGAAGGCCGUGCCACUGGCGACGUCCGAGGUCGGAGCUUUCUAUAACGGAGACUCUUACCUGGUGCUGCAGAACAGAGGAGACGAAGGCGCUGACCUGCACAUGUGGAUUGGUGAGAAGUCGACUCGUGAUGAGCAGGUGACCUGUGCCGUGUUGGCCACUCAGCUGGAUAACUUCUUGGGUGGAGAUCCUGUCCAGCACAGAGAGGUGCAGGGCUACGAGUCGCCCGAGUUCAUGAGCCUCUUCCCCAGGGGAAUUAGCUAUAAGGAAGGAGGAGUGGAGUCGGGUUUUAGGAAACAGCAGUCUGGCUCUGGUCCGAUUCAGAGGUUGUAUCACAUUAAGGGGAAGAAGAACAUCAGGGCAAAGGAGGUGGAGCUGAAGUGGUCCAGCUUUAAUAAAGGAGACUGCUUCAUUCUCGACCUAGGAGAGACGAUCGUGGCAUGGGUCGGCUCUCAGGCCAAUAUAUUCGAGAAGCAGAAGGUGCGAGAGAUUGCCACUCUCAUCAGAGACACGGAGAGACACGGCAAAGCACAAAUCUCUCACAUCCAAGAGGGAGAGGAGACGCCUGAGAUGCUGAAGGUUCUCGGUCCGGUGCCGGCGAUUAAAGAGAGCAGUCCAGAGGAUGACAGCCAAGCAGACGUGUCGAACUCGGCCUCUCUCUACAAGGUUUCGGAUGCGACAGGGUCGAUGAAACUGACCAAAGUCUCUGAGAAGAGUCCAUUUGCCAAAGACCUGCUGGUUCGUGAUGACUGCUUCAUCUUGGACAACGGAGCCAACGGCAAGAUCUUCGUUUGGAAAGGCAGUGGUGCCAAUGCUGAAGAGAAAAAAGCCGCUCUGAAGGUGGCAGAUGAUUUCAUUGAGAAGAUGAACUACACCAGGAUGAAGACGCAGGUGGAGAUCAUACCGCAGGGCCGAGAGACCAUCAUCUUCAAGCAGUUCUUCAAAAGCUGGAAUUAAAAUAAUUCAUUUUACCUGACGGUACUAAAGAAAAACAACAACAAAUGUUACAGUGACUGGAGCAGUAUUUAAUUUACUAAAAUUAUAAUGAAUUCUCACAGAGUUAAUGGUAAAAAAGAUACGGUAGAAAUAUCUAGAAAUCUCUCUCUCUUUGUUUUUUUAAGAUUAAAUAUGUAUACGAUAUAAAUAAUAAUACUAAUAAUACUAAUACUGGAUUUAUUUUUAUUUUUUUUUCCAAUUUUGUGCAACUCAACUCAAACUGCCAGUGAUGAGAUCGGUGUUAUUUCCCAGCAUUCAGGCCAAGAUCAUGUUUAACAAAGUCUUUUUUUUUACAUGUUUUGUUUGUUAAUAAUCUGUUUAUUGUGCUAAAUUGGCAGCAGAGCAAUAAAAGUCACAGUGGAGUAAG